CAGGAACGGACCUGGACAGAUCCCGGUGUCUGUGUGUGUGUGUGUGUGUGUGUGUGUGAGAGAGAGAGAGAGUCAGUGUGUGUCUGAGAGAGGAGUUUAUCAGCGGAGGACUGACUGAUAUAAUGACUUCUCCGCUUUGUGCUGGACUGUGUCCACUACGUGUCCAGUAGGAAGGCGUCUGGUACGCAGCCUCUCCUCUUCCUCUUAAUCACUGAACAUGUGGAGCAGAAACGUGGAGCGGAAAACGUUUUGUUAACCCGAGUUCCGGUGAAACAUUUUUUUUUUUAAAAGUUGGUGGAGUUUUUGUAAGCUCUAGUGCAGAGGCGGUGUACCGGGAACGGACGUGGAGUCGGAGUUGGCGUUCAGAGCCGGUCACGUGAGUGGGUGAGUUAGUGAGGUGUGUGCUGUGGACCGGUGGGAGGUUCGGUCUCCGGGGACGCUCGCGGCGCUUUUGUCCUCCUUUACCUGUCGGGUGACUGAAAGCUGAUCUACCGACUCGAGUUCUCUUCAUCUAACGAGCAGGACACAUCAUGAACCGGCCUCGGGAACAUCCUGGAACCGGCUUCGCGGAACUGACCUUUCUGUGUCUGACAUAAGAGUAUGAAUAAAACAACGAUGAUUAUGAAGAAGUUAUCUUUAACAAACUAGGAAUACAUUUACGCCUGGGAGCGCGCGCAUCCGUAUCAUCGAAGUAACUUUUAAAACUUUUCGCUUAUUUAUUUAUUAUUAUUGCUAUUUAUUUUCAUCUCAGAAAUGGCUCUGUCGCAAAUCCAGUGUCUAGACGACAACCACGUGAACUGGCGCGUGAGCGAGUCCAAGCCGGAGUUUUUCUACAGCGAGCACCAGCGGCUCGCGCUCGAGGCUCUCAUCUCCGGCGGCCGCGAGGCCUUCGAAGCGUACGUGAAAGAGCACGAGCUGCGGCCCUUCCUGUCCGAGCCCGAGCUCGAGCGUCUUUCCAGCUCCGUGGAGGACUACCGGCCCGGGUCCGAGCAUCCCAAACCCGACACGGCGGACAGAGAAGAGCGCGCGCUGUCGCUGCAGUACUGGCCCGACCGCUCCGACAUUUCCAUACCGGAUUUAGACCUGGGCUGGCCGGAUUGUAACUCAUACCGCGGAGUCACGCGGGUCAACGUGUACACGCAGCCGCCUGUGGACGGCCAGACGCACAUCAAGGAGGUGGUGAGGAAGACCAUCGCGCAGGCGCAGAAGCUCAUCAGCAUUGUAAUGGACAUUUUCACCGACGUGGACAUUUUCAAGGACCUCCUGGAUGCCGGCUUUAAGAGAAAAGUGGCGGUGUACAUCAUCAUCGAGCAAUCGUCCGUCAAGGACUUUCUGCACAUGUGUGAGAGAGCGGGAAUGCACGGAGGACACCUGAAGUAUCUUCGGGUCCGCUGCAGCGGAGGCUCCGAGUUCCACACUCGUUCGGCCAAAAAAAUUCAAGGUUUACUGAAUCAGAAGUUCAUGUUCGUGGACGGGGAUCGGGCCGUAUCCGGAUCAUACAGUUUUACAUGGACAGCUUCCCGUUUGGACCGCAAUCUCAUCACGGUCCUUACCGGACAGGCAGUGGAAACCUUCGACAAGCAGUUUCGUGAGCUCUACUUGAACUCCCGUGGCGUCAACCUGUCUAAAAUCCGUCUGCUUGACCUCCCUGAGCCUGAUCCCAUCCCUGUCCCUGUACCUGCCUCGGUCCCAUCAGCUGCUGUUGCCAGGAAACUCAUCAACCCCAAAUAUGCCUUGGUGGAGACGGCAAGCCGAACAUCGUCAGACAAAGACCCGAGUCAGAAGGAUACCUCGCAGAAUCCCUUGCCUCUGCCGGUUAAACGUCACCGUGAGGCAAUUGAUGAACAGCCCAAACACCCGGGGCUCAUAGGGUUACCAAAGGCAGAGCUCAUUCCAUACCUGCCUACAUGGCCAGAACCGGACCCACCUAGUGAUGUCAUUGGUUUUAUAAACAUUCGGGACACGAGCAAGCCGCUGCAGCCACACUUGAUGCGCUCGCAGCUGUUUGAAACAUCACAGGCCAUUCGUUUUAAGGACCCUUUUAUCGCUCCACCAGAAGAGCCACUGCCUGAAAAGGCAAGUCCACGUGUUAGAGGUACCCACAAUGCCAAAACAAAACCACCAGACACUCGAGUGUUACCAGAGGACAAACCUGAAGGAAAGGUUCCACUGGAACCCAAGUUGCCACCUGCACCCCCAGACACUGCAAGCUCUGACAAGACUGAUUCACCUCCUAAAACAACAGCGCCUCCUCCUCCUCAGGAUGAAGCACAGACUCAAAGACCUCCUCCAGGACCUCCUGUGCCAAAGCCACGCACCCUACAGCUGGUAAUGACUGCAGGUGAUGGACCAGAAAAUGUGCAAGUCAGCAUGGUCAAGAGAAACGACAUGAAACCUAAUGAGACAUCCAGCUUGGAGGAGUACAGGGAAGCCCCUGAGGCACAUAAUUCAGCAUCUGCCAAUCAGGAUUCAGACAACAAAACUAAAGACAAUGACACGGACAGUAACAAAAGUCUUAAAUUAGCCCAUUCGACACAAGACGAGGGCUCCACAGCAUCAGAUGAGUACUACGAGUGUACCGACCCCGACCACAGCAGGCUUGCUAAUGGCGGACUCAUCGGCUCAGGACGACUCCCUGAGAACGCCCCUGUGAAUUUAAUGGCACGAUUCUCACAAUCCAUGCUGGACCUGAGGCCGGAUAAAAGCGCAGAUCUGGACCCCACAGACAGGAACUUGCUGAAUGUACACAGCAGAUACACAGGAAAGGUGUAUCAUCCAAUGGAAAUCCCUUCCAUGCGUGAACCCUACAACAGAGCCAAAGUAGUGAUCGCCAAACCAGGGGUGUACCAUCGCCCUCCGAAAAGCAGCACCCGGGUAAUCGGAGGGCACCGAUACUGGCAGGGCAAACUCUCCAUGCCGCAGCACGAUGUGGGCCGACCGAGCCGCUCACCCAACAGGAGGAUCCCGCCCGGAGGACUCAAAACCAGCCAAUCACCGACUCAACGGAUCUCUCACACGCACUCCCCUUCACCACGGAGGAACGACACGCAGAUGCCGCUAGGAAUCCAUAUUUCUAAACUCUCCAGUCUCCGACACCUCAGGGAAAGGGUGCCGGGAGUCAUGGGUGACAAAAAAGUCGCACACGGACGCAAGGAAAAUUAAAAAAAAAAAGCAGAAACAACGUAUGCUAAUUUACAUUAGCAUGUGACUACUACAAAUCUAAAUUCUUUUUGGUGUUCUCAACUGAAUGCAAAUUAAUUCUGAUGCCCUGAGGUACUUUUGGACCAAUCCUGUGGUGCAGGUUGGUGGACUUUCAGGACUUCAUGUGGUAUUUCCGGAUCUUGCUUUCAAAAUGGUGGAGGCAGGUUAAAGGAAAAUGGAAGAACUUUUAAUAAUAGUGGCCUUUCUUAUCAUGUACUGGUCCAAAUGAUUUGGUUCGUAUCGUCGGUUGCUUUUGGAAUGUAAUCUCUACUGUUUGAAUGUGGAUUUACAGCCAAAAUCGUAGCACAUUACACUGACUUGCAGUUUAGCAUGUACUGGACUCUUGGUGUCUAACACACCAUGUUAAGGGGCUGCUGUGAAUUGGAAUGGUGAUGGAUUUGGGAUCAUAGUGGGUGAACAAGAUAACAAGUAUGUUACAAACCAGUUUAUUUUUGUGUAAACACAAAAAAAAAAAAACAAUACGAAAGCAAACUACAGUGUUGGAACCUUAUUCCGUCAUCGCACACAAACGAUUUCCACGUCAUUUUCACUCAAACAGAUUUUCCCUUUCAGAGGAGAUCAGAUUUUAUGAAAUAGGUGUUAAAUAUGAUUGCUUAUAUUUGUUAAUGGUACAUCUCAGAGCUUUACCAGCUGAGGUAAGGUAUUUAAAGUUAGGAGGGAAAAAAAAACAUUUUCUUAAAUU